GAUAUUCUGAAGUUCAGCGUCACACCUGUCAGUUGUUCUGAGCGUCGCGUUCAUCAAAAAAGAAGAUAAAACAGAAAUCUCAUCAACCCAUUGAAAGAGACAAAUCAGAUAUAUAGUUGUCAAUACCAGAGACUGCAGAGAUCCAUACACAUCUAGUUGCCAAUACCACAAAUCCCAUCAACACGUUGAAAGAGACAAACCGCAUUCAUAUAUAUAGUUGUCAAUACCAGAGGCUGCAGAGAUAUGCUUCCUAACAACACUGGAGAUCCAUACAUUUCUGAAGAUCUGGUUGACAACACAGGAAUUGCUUUAAGUGAAAUGAAUUGUCCAAAUGAAAAUGACCUUUAGAUUGCUGUCAUUUCAUUUUCCCAACCAAUGAGCAACGAUUUCCUAAUUUAGAGGGGUGUAUUAAUUUUACCGUACAUAAAAGACCAAGCUUAAGAGCUGAAUAUGUCUUCUUUAUAUUCAACUAGUGCAAAUGAAAAAGAUUAUGGGUGUAACGAGUCUGUAGAUUCUGUCUGUGUAACAGAAAGUUUACAGAAGUGUACUAUGAUACAGGGAAACAGUCAACCUAAUGAUCACAAAAAUGAUUUAGAGCAAAAUAUCAACACACAUAGUGAUGAACUUUAUCAAUGUGAUGUCUGUGGAAAGGUUUUCAAAUGGACAAGGAAGUUAGAAAUACACAUGAGGACACAUACUGUUGAUAAACCUUAUCAAUGUAAUGUUUGUGGAAAUACAUUCAGUCGAAAAUUAUUCCUACAGAAACACACGAGAACACACACUGGUGAUAAACCUUGUGAAUGUGAAGUCUGUGGGAAGGCAUUUUAUCAGAAAGGAACAUUAAAGAGACACAUGAAGACACAUACUGGUGAUAAACCUUAUAAAUGUGAUGUCUGUGAGAAGACAUUCAGAGAGACAGGAACAUUACAGACACACAUGAGAAUUCAUACUGGUGAUAAACCUUAUGAAUGUGAUGUCUGUGGAAAGGCAUUCAGUCGGACAGGAAACUUGCAGACACACAUGAGAACACAUACUGGUGAUAAACCUUAUAAAUGUGAUGUCUGUGGGAAGGCAUUCGGUCAGACAGGAAUCUUGGAGAAACACAUGAGAACACAUACUGGUGAUAAACCUUAUGAAUGUGAAGUCUGUGGGAAGGCAUUCAGUCAGACAGGAAAUUUGCAUACACACAUGAAGACACAUACUGGCGAUAAACCUUAUAAAUGUGAAGCCUGUGGGAAGGCAUUCAGUCGGAGAGAAAUCUUACAGAAACACAUGAGAACACAUACUGGUGAUAAGCCUAAUGAAUGUGAAGUCUGUGGGAAGUCAUUCAGUCAGACAGGAAACUUGCAGACACACAUGAAAACACAUACUGGUGAUAAACCUUAUAAAUGUGAUGUCUGUGGAAAGACAUUCAAUCAAUCCGGACACUUACAGAUACACUUAAAGAUACAUACAGGUGAUAAACCUUAUAAAUGUGAUGCCUGUGGGAAGGCAUUCUGUCGGAGAGGAAUCUUACAGAAACACAUGAGAACACAUACUGGUGAUAAACCUUAUAAAUGUGAAGUCUGCGGGAAGGCAUUCAGUCGGACAGGAAUCUUACAGAAACACAUGAAGACACAUACUGGUGAUAAACCUAAUCAAUGUGUUGUAUAUAGGAAGGCAUUCAGUCAGAUGGGAGACUUGCAGACACACAUGAAGACACAUACUGGUGAUAAACCCUAUAAAUGUGAUGCCUAUGGGAAGGCAUUCAGUCGGAAAGGAAUCUUACAGAAACACAUGAGAACACAUACUGGUGAUAAGCCUUAUGAAUGUGUUGUAUAUGGGAAGGCAUUCAGUCAGAUGGGAGACUUGCAGAUACACAUUAGAACACAUACUGGUGAUAAACCUUUUGAAUGUGAAGUCUGUGGGAAAGUAUUUAAUAAAAAAGGAACAUUACAGAGACACAUGAAGACACAUACUGGUGAUAAACCUUAUCAAUGCGAUGUCUGUGAGAAGACAUUCAGAGAGACAGGAACAUUACAGACACACAUGAGAAUACAUACUGGUGAAAAACCUUAUGAAUGUGAUGUCUGUGGAAAGGCUUUCAGUCGGACAGGAAACUUGCAGAUACACGUGAGAACACAUACUGGUGAUAAACCUUAUAAAUGUGAUGUCUGUGGGAAGGCAUUCGGUCAGACAGGAAUCUUACAGAAACACCUGAGAACACAUACUGGUGAUAAACCUUAUGAAUGUGAAGUCUGUGGGAAGGCAUUCAGUCAGACAGGAAACUUGCAUACACACAUGAAGACACAUACUGGUGAUAAAGCUUAUAAAUGUGAUGUCUGUGGGAAGGCAUUCAGUCGGAGAGAAAUCUUACAGAAACACAUGAGAACACAUACUGGUGAUAAACCUUUUGAAUGUGAAGUCUGUGGGAAAGCAUUCAGUCAUACAGGAAGCUUGCAGACACACAUGAGGACACAUACUGGUGAUAAACCUUAUAAAUGUGAUGUCUGUGGAAAGGCAUUCAGUCGGACAGGAAUCUUACAGAGACACAGGAAAACACACACUGGUGAUAAACCUUAUCAAUAUGUUGUAUAUAGGAAGGCAUUCAGUCAGAUGGGAGACCUGCAGAUACACUUUAGAACACGUACUGGUGAUAAACCUUUUCAAUGUGAAGUCUGUGGGAAGGCAUAUCAUGAGAAAGGCCCCUUACAGAAACAUAUGAGGACACACACUGGUGAUAAACCUCAUAAAUGUGAAGUAUGUGGAAAGACAUUCAGUUAUUCAGCAAACUUGCAGAUACACAUGAGAACACACACCGGUGAUAAACCUUAUAAAUGUGAAGUCUGUGGGAAGGCAUUCAGUCAGACAGGAAGUUGGCAGACACAUAUGAAGACACAUACUGGUGAUAAACCUUAUGAAUGUGGUGUUUGUGGGAAGGCAUUUUAUGAGAAAGGCCCCUUACAGAGACACAUGAUAGAACAUAAGCUGAAUAUGUCUUCUUUACAUUCAACUAGUGCAAAUGAAAAAGAUUAUGGGUGUAACGAGUCUGUAGAUUCUGUCUGUGUAACAGAAAGUUUACAGAAGUGUACUAUGAUACAGGGAAACAGUCAACCUAAUGAUCACAAAAAUGAUUUAGAGAAAAAUAUCAACAAACAUUGUGAUGAACUUUAUCAAUGUGAUGUCUGUGGAAAGGUUUUCAAAUGGACAAAGAAGUUAAAAAUACACAUGAGGACACAUACUGGUAAUAAACCUUAUCAAUGUAAUGUUUGUGGAAAUACAUUCAGUCGAAAAUUAUUCCUACAGAAACACAUGAGUACACACUCUGGUGAUAAACCUUGUGAAUGCGAAGUCUGUGGGAAGGCAUUUUAUGAGAAAGGAACAUUACAGAGACACAUGAAGACACAUACUGGUGAUACACCUUAUAAAUGCCAUGUCUGUGAGAAGACAUUCAGAGAGACAGGAACAUUACAGACACACAUGAAAAUACACACUGGUGAAAAACCUUAUGAAUGUGAUGUCUGUGGAAAGACUUUCAGUCGGACAGGAAACUUGCAGACACACAUGAGAACACAUACUGGUGAUAAACCUUAUAAAUGUGAUGUCUGUGGGAAGGCAUUCAGUUGGACAGGAAUUUUACAGAAACACAUGAGAACCCAUACUGGUGAUAAACCUUAUGAAUGUGAAGUCUGUGGGAAGGCAUUCAGUCAGACAGGAAACUUGCAGACACACAUGAGAACACAUACUGGUGAUAAACCUUAUAAAUGUGAUGCCUGUGGGAAGGCAUUCAGUCAGAGAGGAAUGUUACAGGAACACAUGAGAACACAUACUGGUGAUAAACCUUAUGAAUGUGAAGUCUGUGGGAAGGCAUUCAGUCAGACAGGAAACUUGCAGACACACAUGAAGACACAUACUGGUGACAAACCUUAUAAAUGUGAAGUCUGUGGGAAGGCAUUUCAUGGGAAAGGAACAUUAAAGAGACACAUGAAGAUACACACUGGUGAUAACCCUUAUCAAUAUGUUGUAUAUGGGAAGGCAUUCAGUCAGAUGGGAGACCUGCAGAUACACAUUAGAACACAUACUGGUGAUAAACCUUUUGAAUGUGAUGUCUGUGGGAAGACAUAUCAUAAGAAAGACCCCUUACAGAAACAUAUGAGGACACACCUUGGUGACAAACCUCAUAAAUGUGAAGUAUGUGGAAAGACAUUCAGUUAUUCAGCAAACUUGCAGAUACACAUGAGAACACACACUGGUGAUAAACCUUAUAAAUGUGAAAUGUGUGGGAAAGCAUUUAAUCAGACGGGUAGCUGGCAGACACACAUGAAGACACAUACUGGUGAUAAACCUUAUGAAUGUGGUGUUUGUGGGAAGGCAUUUUGUGGGAAAGGUCCCUUACAGAGACACAUGAUAAUACAUAAUUGAAAUAAAUGUGGUUUUGGAAAGGCAUUCACUCAGAAAGGAAAUUUACAAAUAUAAAAUAUGCUGUAGUUCCUCAUUGACAAUAGAUUCAUUGUCUUCGGUGCUGAGGUCUUCCAACAAUCCGUUGGAAUUCCAUAUGAUAGUGUUUUAUAUGUUUAAAACAUUUAUUUAACAUAUUCUUUAGUGUUGUUAAUACUAAAUUAAAACUGAAUGGUUAUUUAGAAGGAGUACCACUACUGUAGGUAACCCUUUACCAAAAUUGUAAAUUGCACGAUCCCAGGAGUAAGGGUUGGGUUUCAGGGUGGUGUCAAAAGCAUAAGUAAUUGUAAUGAUGAUUGGAAGGUCUUAUUUCAGUCUGCUGAUCUUGUAUAAAAUCUAAAUGCACAUUUAAGAAUAGCAAAAUUCGAUACAUGUACAAAACUGGUGAAUUUCACAACCUAGGGUUCUGACUCUUAUGAUAGGUCCAGAUUAGUCAUAUCUUUUAAUGUCAAUAUACAUAUUUAUGUAAAGCCUUUAAUCAGUGUAUAAACCUUUGAGGACAUUAAAGUUUUAAGGACACAUCUUAUUUGAUGCUGUUGCUGAGCAUAAGAAUUUAGCUUAGAUAUUCAGAACAGGAAUUCUUUCUAGAUUUCAUAACCCUUGGGAGUAGUUAUACUUUUCACUAGUACUCUGGUGACUGAUAAGGCCUAUUGGACUCUUGUAUAUAUUAACAAUAAUCAAUUUCAUUCAUAUGUUGAUUUAAUAUAUCCUUAUACUCGAAAUAAAAGAUACCACUAAAUCAUCUACA